AUGGCGCCGCUGCUGCCGCUGCUGCUGCCGCUGCUGCCAGGAGUGUGGUGCUUUAGCGAACUGUUUUUUGUGAAAGAGCCUCAAGACGUUACUGUCUCAAGGAAGGAUCCGGUGGUUUUAGACUGCCAGGCCCACGGUGAAGCUCCCAUCACUAUUACAUGGCUGAAAAACGGUGGCAAAGUACCUGAAAAUGAACGGAUCUACACUCUAUCCAAUGGCUCAUUAUAUAUCAGUGAGGUGGAAGGGAAGAAAGGAGAGCUGUCUGAUGAAGGAUUUUACCAGUGUUUAGCUCUGAACAAAUACGGGGCCAUUCUCAGUCAAAAAAGCCACCUCACACUAGCAACCAUUUCUGCAUUUGAAGUCCAGCCACUUUCAACUGAGGUCCAAGAAGGUGGAGUAGCUCGAUUUGCUUGUAAGAUAACGGCAAACCCUCCUGCCACUGUGACCUGGGAAGUGAAUCGAACAACUUUACCUUUAGUCAUGGACAGGAUAACAGCUCUGCCUACAGGAGUUCUGCAGAUCUAUGGUGUUGAACCGAAGGAUGCUGGGAAUUAUCGAUGUGUUGCCACAACAAUAGCCAAUAGACGUAAAAGCACUGAGGCAGUGCUGAGUGUUAUCCCAGCCUCGGACUUGAAGCCUUUUCACAAGCCAUCUAUCAUAGCUGGUCCUCAAAACAUUACAGCAUCUCUUCAUCAAACUGCCAUACUGGAGUGCGUAGCCACAGGGAAUCCAAAGCCAAUCAUCUCCUGGAGCCGGUUAGACCACAAGUCCAUUGAUGUCUUCAAUACCCGCGUCCUUGGAAAUGGGAACCUCAUGAUUUCUGAUGUAAAGGUGCAGCAUGCAGGCGUGUAUGUCUGUCGAGCUACUAUUCCGGGCACACGGAACUUCACAGUAGCGAUGGCAACGCUCACUGUGCUGGCUCCACCUUCGUUUGUGGAAUGGCCGGAAAGUUUAACAAGACCUAGAGCCGGUACUGCUCGUUUUGCUUGUCAGGCAGAAGGAAAUCCUGCCCCCAAAAUUUCAUGGUUAAAAAAUGGAAGGAGAAUACACUCCAAUGGUAGAAUAAAAAUGUACAACAGUAAAUUGGUGAUUAACCAGAUCAUUCCUGAAGAUGAUGCCAUUUAUCAAUGCAUGGCUGAGAACAGCCAGGGAUCUAUUCUCUCCAGGGCGAGGCUCACUGUAGUCAUGUCAGAAGACAGACCCAGUGCACCUUACAAUGUCCAUGCUGAAACGAUGUCAAGCUCGGCGAUCCUGCUAGCGUGGGAGAGGCCACUGUAUAAUUCAGACAAAGUGAUUGCGUACUCUGUGCAUUACAUGAAAUCAGAAGGUUUAAAUAAUGAAGAAUAUCAAGUGGUCAUUGGAAAUGAUACAACCCAUUACAUUAUUGAUGACCUGGAACCAGCCAGCAACUACACCUUCUAUAUUGUAGCUUAUAUGCCUCUGGGAGCCAGUCAGAUGUCAGACCAUGUGACUCAGCACACCCUUGAAGAUGUUCCCUUGAGAGCUCCCGAAAUUAGUUUGACAAGCAGGAGUCCUACAGAUAUUCUCAUCUCGUGGCUGCCAAUUCCCACAAAAUAUAGGAGAGGUCAGGUGGUCCUGUACCGUCUGUCUUUCCGCCUCAGCACGGAGACCAAAAUCCAAGUCUUGGAGCUUCCGGGGACUUCAGAUGAGUAUCUCCUUGAAGGCUUGAGACCUGACAGUGUCUACUUGGUUCGUAUCACUGCUGCAACAAGGAUCGGCUGGGGAGAGGCAUCUUUGUGGACUUCCCACCGCACUCCCAAAGCUACAAGUGUGAAAGCACCAAAGUCUCCUGAACUGCGUUUGGAACCGAUGAACUGUACAACCAUUACAGUCCAAUGGCAGCAGGACGCUGAGGACACGGCAGCUAUUCAAGGAUACAAGCUGUAUUACAAGGAAGAAGGCCAACAGGAGAAUGGACCAAUUCUGUUGGGUGCUGGUGAUCUUGAGUACACCGUCAGUGGUUUGGAUCCUAGAAGAAAGUAUCAUGUGAGGCUGCUGGCAUAUAACAGCAUGGAAGAAGGUUAUCAGGCAGACCAAACAGUCAGCACUCCAGGCUGUGUCUCUGUCCGUGAUCGCAUGGUGCCACCACCACCGCCCCCUCACCACCUCUAUGCCAAAGCUAACACUUCGACUUCUAUCUACCUUCACUGGGGAAAGCCUGCCUUUACAUCUGCACAAAUCAUUAACUACACAGUCCGCUGCAACCCAGUGGGGCUGCAGAAUGCUUCUCUGGUUCUCUACCUUCAAACGUCGGACACUCACAUGUUAGUUCAAGGUCUUGAGCCAAAAACCAUGUAUGAGUUUGCAGUUCGGCUGCAUGUGGACCAACUCUCCAGUCCCUGGAGUCCAGUAGUCUAUCAUACUACCCUUCCAGAAGCACCAUCUGGCCCUCCAGUAGGAGUGAAGGUGACUUUGAUAGAGGAUGAUACUGCUUUGGUUUCCUGGAAGCCACCUGAUGGUCCUGAAACUGUUGUUACACGAUAUACUAUCCUCUAUGCAUCCAGGAAGUCUUGGAUCGCUGGGGAAUGGCAAGUGUUGCACAGAGAAGGAGCAAUGACCAUGGCCUUGCUGGAAAACCUUGUAGCAGGAAAUGUCUACUUGGUCAAAAUAGCAGCCUCCAAUGAAGUGGGCGAAGGACCCUUCUCGAAUGCGGUAGAACUUGCCGUCCUGCCAAAGGAGACGUCGGAGUCUAAUCAGAGACCUAAACGCUUGGAUUCAGGAGAUUCCGCAACUUAUUCUGACUAUUACCACCUGGACCAGAAAUCAAUGACUGGCAUUGUUGUUGGGGUUUGCAUAGCCUUGACCUGCAUCCUUAUCUGCAUCCUGAUCUUAAUUUAUCGCAGUAAAGCCAGGAAAACAUCUGCUCCUAAACCUGUGCAGCAAAGCACUGACCAGCUGUCACAUACCAGCAUCUCAUUAGCCAGUGCUAAUGAGGUGGAGAAGAGUAUUGAAGGAAUUGCAGAGAAUGAAGAAUCCUUAUUGCCAAUGAUAGUGGGAAACAGCUUCAUCGAUGCUAAGGGGGGAUCUGAUCUGAUUAUUAACAGCUAUGGGCCUGUCACAAAGACUAACUGCAAGAAAAGGUGGCUGUUCUUCCAAGAUACUAAGAAGGUGAAGACAGAGGAGCCUCGGAGAAGAUUUGUCCAGGCGGUGUGCCUGUAUCAGCCAGGCACCACCGUGCUGAUCGGCGAGGAUGACUCCCCCGGCUCUCCCAACCAGCAGUCUAAUUUCCAGAUGCCAUUCAGUGUUGUCGCCGACACGGAGCAUUCCGCCAACAGCGAAGGGAGCCACGAGACUGGUGACUCUGGAAGAUUUUCUCAGGAGUCCAAUGAUGAGAUACACCUCUCCUCUGUGACAAGUGCCACGCCUUCCACUCCCAGUCCUUUCGUAAGCAGUGACUUGGGUACAAAGGUGACGAGCCCUGGCAUAAGCAACUGCACAGAGUCUCCUCUGCCAUUUACUACUGACCAGACUCCUACCUUGCCUCAUCAGAUACACUCUGCGGUGCAAAACUGACAUCCUUAGGGCCACGCCAGACAUUCUUGCAGUGUAUGUCUGUUCGAAGGACAAUGAACAGGGAGCCAAAGUUUUAUUGUGGAAAGCCUGACUAACCUCGCAGGCAAUCCCAUAUUUCUGUUGAAUGUUUUUGUUUUGUUUUGUUUUGUUUGUUUUUUAAAACUCACUCAUUUUGAAUGUUCGGUGGUCAACAAAUGUGAAAGGACAGUGAAGAUUUCUGACUAAAGUUAAAAAUAUGUCACUGGAGCAAAGGGAAGGCUGUUGGCCCUUUUGCUGACUAUCUACCUCAGUUUGCCGAGAGGUGAACUCUGAAUGACGACUGCUUUACCUCAUUUGUGUUCUAGUUGGUCUCAGCUAUGGAACUGAUGAUACUUCCUAGUAGUGUUGUUUUAUUUUGAGUUUCUUUUCUGUUUGUUUUCAGUUGUGUGUAGAAUAUAUGUGUGUUUGUGUGUGCUUGCACGCACGUGCGUGCACUCAGUCAUUAGGGAGUUGUAUAGGUAGGGGAACAAGAUUGUUUAGCUGAAGCUCUGUCUUUAAAACGAAGGAAACCUCAGAGUAUAAAAUGUAAUGAUUUAAUGUGGUUGACACAGAGGAUGUUAAAAACAGGGAAAACUGGCGUUCGUGCUUCCAGGUAUGCAGCCACAUGAAAUCAUGAAAUCUUUUGUACCUCUUGAUUUCUCAUAACCCCAGUAAGCCUAGGACAGUGCCUUCCCCCCAGAAACUCGUGCCAGCAACUGCUGACAGGAUGUACGCUAUAUCUUUAGGGCUCUGGGAUGUGUUGGGUUCCCCACAGUGACAAAACUUGCCCCUUUUUUGACAGUUAAUGCUCGAAAGCAUGGCAAAAUGAAGAAGCAUUCAGCAUUUCCAAACAGUUUGGCUCUGCCAGAGAUCCAUGGAAUAGGCAAUAAUGUCAAGUAUUCCAGUAUCACAGUACUUCUUAGCAACGGUGCCUUGCAUUAUAUAUUAGGAAAUUACUGAUUUGCCUUAUGCCUUUUUAGUAUUCAUAAAGUUGCUUCGGAGUACAGAAAGAUGCCUUAAAUGCUUCUUAAAUGUUAUAAGUAAACUGUAUCAUGAGUUUAUAGUUCACUUUUACUCAGCUUUUAGUGCUGAUAAGCACUGCUAGCAUUGUCUCAGAGCUGCUGUUAGGCAAGGAACGGGUUUGCGUCCUUCGCCUCGUGUGCUGUUAGCCAGGAAUUUUAGCUCAGGGAGUGACGUUACCCACAUGCCAAUCUAAAACUCUGAUUAGGCGACCAUGAGAAAUGAAAAAGCCAGAGCUUUAGUUGAAGAGUCUGUUGAAAGAGGCGAGUACUGCUACUGCCUUGAACCCAUGCAAUUCCUGUUUUAUACUACCUCCUUUAAAAGUUAUUCUAGUGGGUUUUUUUGGUUUUUGUUGUUGUUGUUGUUUCUUCCUGUACUCAGGGAACAGUUUUACUUUUGAGCUGCCUCACGGAAACGUGGGGCAAACUGACAGGGUAUCAUGUUUUGUUUUUUUAAUAGGAGAGAGGAAGAGAAGGGAGGAGGUUGGAGUCAUCCAAGGUUAUACACUUGCCUGUAUCUAUAUCCAGUCCUCUUCUCCACUCCUCCUCUUCUUUUACUUUAAAAAAAAAAAAAAAAAAAAAAAGAUUAGGCGUAUGUUUUAACUUUAUAAACCGUUUCAAGUGUAACGUUGUGAGCAAGCAGCCAUAGGAGCUCCUGGCUCUACUGGAGUCUGUCAGAACUCCCUCUGACUAUACUGGGGCCAAGGCAUCGAUAUUAAGGUAGGCCAGGCUCACUUUUGUUCCUUAUGUAUCAAAAGCUGGUCAGACGUUGUCAAUAAGCCCUACCCUUCUGUCUGGUUUGUGUUGACGAAUCGGCCUCUCGUUACCGUAGUACUUUGCCUUGUACCUGUUUGCUAGUUCCGAGCCAAACAGUACACGUUCACCUUUUCAUAACAGUGUUGAUUCAAAUGCUUUAAAAAUAAUCUUGUACCAAAGACUUUUCUGUAGAAGAGAAGGAAGCUGCAUAUUGUCCAGAAAUAAUUGAACUAGUUAAAAGCUAUAGGUUUGAAGAGCUGAUUAUGUUUUAUUGUAUACGUAGUUACUAACAAAAAAACCAAUAGGGCAUCUUGAUUGUAGUAGUUGGUUGCAUAGAUGAGUCGUAUGCUUCUACAAUUUUAACUACCUUGUUGUUACAAGAGCCUUUAAAGAAAAUUAUUAUAAUACCAGCAGAUAUCUCCAAAGACUUCCAAGUGUAAUUUUUUUCUCCAGCACGUAGUUGAUCGACAAUACAGUAUUAAGAAAAAUAUUUUUUAACAGUUUUUUUUAUCUACUUGCUGAAGAAAAAGCAAACCUUUUCACCAAAGAUUUAUUUUUGGUCUCAUCAGGCAGAAUGUUUAGUGUACAGCAGAGUACUGUUUCUAGUUAGGUAAAGUGUGAAAUAAUCAAAACUAGAUUAAGAAUGUGUAACUGUAGCAUGAAGUUUCACACUUCGUCUUUCAGAGUAGCCUCUUCUGUUAGUUUCAUUCCAAAAGAGCCGAUAUGCAGACGGUAACUGUUUCUCCAAAGACUUGUUUGCUGUAAGUACUGAUAAUCAGAUAUCAUUUUAUGACCUUCAUUACAGAUAGAUGCUUUAAGUCCUAAACUUUUUCUUCCAGAGACCCACUUUGUAGUUUAACCCAUGGAUAAUUUGACAGAAACAGACUUCAUAUACGAUUUGUCAGUCUAAUCUUGAUGAUCUAAGUUCAAUAGUCAAUAUUCAGGGUGCGAGAGAGCAGCGCAUCCAGAACUCUCCUCAUCAUUUGAUGUUUUUUUAAGGUACUUUUUAUCAGCAAAUAAAGAAAACCAAAGAUAUUUAAAGUUACCUCAGCAUAAAGGCAAGCUUAGUUAGAUAUUAAUUAUUCUGUCUCUUUCUUUAUUUUUAUGUUAACCAAAUAUAAUAUAUUUCUCCAGAACCCAGUGUACAUUCACGUGCUUCCUUUUGCUUUUUCACAUAGUCGUGAUUACUACAGAACAAAAAAUAUGUUCUCCUCAAAAUUCAUGGCCUAUUACUAAUCUAUCACAAGAUUUUUGGGAGAAAAUUUGUCUUAUGAUUGUAAACUCCACUAAUAUAAGCAAAGGAAUCUCCAGAAAAAGUGUGUAGAAAUUGAUACUUUCUGUAUUGAACUCAAUAGCCGAAUCAAUCCUUCAUGACUGUAACAGUGCGAAACUGGGCUCGAAGUUUAAAUGCUUCCUAUCCGUGAAGCCAACACAUGUAAUUAUCGAUAUGAUAUUACAGAUAUUGAUUUUCUUAGAAGCCCGACCUGUGGCUGUCUAAGGAAAUCAGUUUUUCAUAUGUAAAUGUUCAUUCUGUUGGCCUAGAAAGAGCGGGCAGGUACGCAGCAGGCAGAAUGGUUUCAGGUUUUCCAGUAUUUUUUUCUUCUUGGUCAUAACUGUGAAAACUGGGUCCUGGAGAAAAAAAAAAUCUAUCAUUUUUCAAUUAUGAAUUUUACUAAAUAUGUUCUGGAAGAUGAACAUAAAUGUGGAAUUUAGUGUUACACUAUGUGAACUGAUUUUGUUGAAGUGUAUUAAGAGCUAAGGAGCCACGGCUGGUGUAAGGAGCGUAUAUGCAACCCUUGUAAUUUAAAAAGAAAGAAAUGUUACAGUUAACGUGACUUGAAAAGCAGCAAAACUGAUAGAGGAAAUCUUGAAAGUGGUUUACCAUACAAAGCGUGUUUGCACGUGAGGACUCUGACCUUCAGUUGCAACAGCAAUGCCUGUUCUGCAGGACCUGAAUCCAAAAUCGGAGGCUCAAUCUGCCCACACUUACGCUUCUGUACUUUCUUCAUAUCUAACAAAUAAAAAGUAUUCUCAUCUUCCAGGAGUUCUCUGGGAGGAGUGGGAAUGUGUACACUGCAUAGAACAGGGCCUAUCAGUUGACCCAUUUUUUUUUUAAUAGCUCUGCUCUUGUAAGAGAAACUUGAAAAAUCUGCAUAUCCCUUCAUAAAUCCUGAUAUUAGCUCUGCAUUUCCUGUAUAACUUAUGAGUUUUUAAUAGAAAGGAGUGUUGAGAGAUUUCUCCUACCUGUUUUUUGUUAUUCUUCCUAGUUCAUUGCCUCUUUGGUUUUAUUCUCUUGCUUUAGAUAAUCAUUUAGGAUAGUUCUCGUUUGCCUUAUUCAACUCGGGGUCCUCAUCCUGUUGCCUUUUAAGUCAACAAGAGAAUUAGUUUUUAUUUCAAUUUGCAUGAUCUGGACAGACUAAAUUCAGUUCUUUGGUUUUUAAAUCUUCACAGUAUUAUGAUAAGGGCAGAUUUUUUAUGUGGUUGAAACCCCUAUUGCCAAAUGGAUUUUUGUAAGAUAACAAGUUGCCACGUAUCAGAAGUCUCCCGUGACUCCCCGUGCAUCCCGUCUCAGCCUGGAGUAAAUAGGUGAAUAUUUCCAGUCACUUUACCUCUUUUUCAUUGCAAACUAAAUUAACUUGAAUGUUUUAGUGCUUGCUGCAACCUGAGCGUACACAAGAAUAGUGACCGUGGGCUGCUGAGUCUCAAUAAUGAGUUACUCUGGGCAAACCUGUAAGCUCCUAGACCAGGAGCUCUUGCUCAUUUUACUCGUUACACAAAAAGUCCAUCUCCCAACAUGGGGAAUGUCUGUAGGUUUUGUAAAACAUACCAUGUUUAGCAAAAAACCUCGUUCGCACCAGCUGAUAAGAGAGCUGCACAAGCGUAACUGGUGGGGGUUCGCAGCAAUCCAUUUAUUGAAGUUCCGCUGGUAACACCGAAAGCAGAGUUGCAGCCAGGAAUUGGGAAAGUUCUUAGCUUGAACCAUUGUUACACGCUUGCUAAUUGCUGCAACUGCAGCUUUGCUAACGGCAAGUAAUUUCUAAAGCGCAGGAAUUUAACUGUCUGUAGGAAAUACUGAGCGCCUUUCUAUAAUAACAUCAUUUAAAAUACUUUUUUUAAUGUAAUGGUGUAUUUUGGAACAUGUUUCAAAAACCACAAGUCUGAACCCAGAUCGCUUUCUGUUAAUAGAGGACCGGGUGAAAAGAACACAGAUUCAAUUUGGCUCAGAUGCAAUCGAGUUUAUUUCUUUGGAAUUCCCCUAGGUUUACACCGAGACUGGUCCUAAUUGACUCCAAAGGGAUGUAAACAUGUACUUGAGGUUUUGCUGUGUUGGGUCCUCUGGUUCCACUGCGAGCCGUGCUCCUCCUGGAAGUUCCUGACUUUUCGUGGUUGCAUAUACCCACCUUGCACCUGCCUGGGGUGUAUUCAGUGAGGACUGACUGUAUAGGAAAAACUGACUUAUACCAAUGUUGCUUUUUGAUUGAUUGGUUGGGUUUUUUUUGUUGUUUUCUUUUAAGUUGUGAAUGACUUGCCAGUGUAGGAGCCAGGUAUGUAUCUCACACCGUGGUGGUCUGGAUCCUUUCACUCUGUGUGCCAUUUUCUUCCAAGGGCAGCGGCAGCCGACUGGGCUGGUGGAGGAUGGAGCUGAAUUGUAUUCAUUUUAUAUUUGUCUCAGGGGAUCAGCUCUGUGAAUUCCAUCGCGUGAGGGAAGCUAAUGUUUGCCCUGAUUUGAAUGUAACUUUUUAAUGUCUUUUAAAAACUAUUUUGUUUAAUAAUGUGGAUUUGUUUUUCUUCUUCUAGCAUUCUAGUAAAUGUUACCUAGUGUGUUGGUUCAUUUUUGCCCUCCAGGGUUGUUUAUAUACUAGCCCAAGGUCAUGCCAAAAAGUAAUAGAAGUUUAAAUGCCAAAUGUUUA